UGACACACACCACAUUACCGUCACCACCAAUAGCUUCCACCCUGACAAGGAAGUGGUCGAGAAACUCGCAAUUUAUAAAGCGCCAGAUCCUGUCCUUUUUUCCGUUACAUUCAUUCAUUUCACACGAAAUAAUUUUUUAUCGAGCGCUAGGGUUUCGCUGAUUUUUUUGUGAUUUAUUUGGAUUUUUUCGGUUUAAUUUUUUUUUAUUUUUUAAAAACUUUUUUAUUCCUUUAUUUUUUGCGAAUUAUUUUUUUUAUUUCAAAUAAUUUUUUCCUUUUUUUCUUCGUGAAAUCGUUCUUCUGUGUGGUUUUUCUUUCUUUUUCUUCUACACACAUACCGAUCUUAUUUCAUUUAAAUCAACACUAAAAUGACUGUUAACGACAUGCCUGAACACAAGUUUUCGUUGUCUACCGAAUUGGUGCAUGUCACCACGAACAAGGAUCAAUACAAGGCUUCCUCUGUUCCUAUCUACCAGUCGGCUACCUUCCAACAAGAGACUCUCGACAGUCCUGGUGAAUUCGACUACACCCGGUCGGGAAACCCUACUCGUACUACCUUGCAAGGCCACUUGGCCAAGUUGAUGAAGGCCAAGCAUGCUUUCGUUACUAGCAACGGUAUGUCAGCCUUGGAUAUGAUUGUUUGUAUGCUGGAGUCCAACAGCCACGUUGUUGCUGGCGACGACUUGUAUGGCGGCAGCGACCGUUUGUUGACUCACUGCAAGAAGUUGUAUGGUUUUGAGGUGUCCAACAUUGACACGACCUCCAUCACUGCCUUUGAGGCUGCUUUGCGCCCCGAUACGGCUAUGGUUCUGGUCGAAAGUCCUACCAACCCAAUGAUUAAGAUUUGCGACGUAAAGGAGGUCAUCCGUAUUACCCGCCAAAAGUCUCCCAAGGCUAUCAUUGUCAUUGACAACACAAUGCUUUCUCCCAUCUUGUGUAACCCCCUUGACUUUGGUUAUGACAUCGAGUACGAGUCCUGCACCAAGUACUUGUCUGGUCACCACGAUGUCAUGGGCGGUGUGAUUGCCACGAACAGCGACGAGUUGGCCAAGCGUAUUUACUUCAACAUUAACAGUCGCGGUGCUGCCCUUGCUCCCUUCGAGUCCUUCUUGUUGCUUCGUGGCAUCAAGACGAUGGGACUUCGUGUGGAGCGUGCCCAAGCAAACGCAAUUGCCGUUGCCAAGUUCUUGAAGAGCAAGGGUCUUAAAGUUAACUUCCCUGGUCUUGACCCCGAGGACCCUUCCACCGCCGUCUUUAAUAGCUUUGCUCGUGGACCGGGUGCUGUCAUGUCUGUGCAGACGGGUAGCGUUGAGAAGUCGAGAGCUAUUUGCGAUAACACGAAGCUUUUCGAGAUCUCCGUCUCUUUCGGUUCCGUUAACUCCCUUAUCAGUAUGCCUGCAUACAUGAGUCAUGCUUCCAUUGCCAAGGAGGUCCGUGAGGAGCGUGGCCUUAAGGAAGACUUGAUUCGUAUUUGCAUUGGUAUCGAGGAUGCAGACGAUUUAAUUGCUGACCUUGAUAAUGCGUUGAAGGUUGCUAAGCUGAACUAAUGAUUGCCUGAUUUUGCACUUCCUCACAAAAGAACUGUUCUGCGUUUCCGAACGCGGAACUUCCGCUGCAUUUUGCUUUCCUCCUCCCUUAAAGCUUCAUAUUUGGAUUAGGUUAUUCAAUAAAUAUAAAAUGAUUGCCAAAUAAAUGGAUAGUGGGGAGUUUAUGAGGACGUAAUGUUGUUACACAUGGAGAAACGAGACAGUGUAAGUAUGCAUCUGUCAAUCCAUGAU